AAAAUCAUGUUUUAUGAAGCAUUUUUAGCCGGCAUAUGGGCUUCAGUCGGUAGUACUUUCGGAAAAUUAUCAGGAACCGCCAGUAUUGUAUGGAGUGGUGCAAAAAUUGCCGAGAAUGGGUUUACUGCUAUCGAAGAUCUGGAGCUUGUUCGGUAAUGAGGAGCACAAACUACUCCUAGUGGGUUUGGAUAACGCCGGCAAAACGACGAUCCUAUACCAAUUGUUAUUAGGUGAGACUGUUCAUACCAGACCAACCAUUGGCUCGAAUGUAGAAGAGUUUGUGUGGAAGAAUCUACGAUUUGUCAUGUGGGACCUGGGUGGUCAACAAAGUCUCAGAUCAGCGUGGAACACUUAUUUUACGAACAGUGAAUUCGUGAUAAUGGUUGUGGACUCGACGGAUCGCCAGCGAUUGAGUUUGUGUCGUGAUGAGCUCCAUCAGAUGCUGAAACACGAGGAGCUUACCAAGGCUUGUCUACUAGUUUAUGCAAAUAAACAGGACGUGAAGGGAUCGAUGACCGCAGCAGAGAUAUCUGAGCAAUUGGAAUUGACUUCGAUUAAACAACACCCGUGGCACAUACAGGCGUGUUGCGGACUUACUGGGGAAGGACUACAUUUAGGCUUAGAAUGGAUUGCUAGUAGAAUUAAGAAAAAAUGACACGGUACCGCAUUAACGCUCCAAAUGUAAUUUAUUAAUUUUAUAGGUGGAUACUGUUGUUAAGGAUUAUUCGCGCAGGUGAGAUUCUUCCAUGAAAUAGUGCUUCCCUGGAUUUAAUGAAAGUACUAAUGAAGAACAAGCUUAAGAUUUUUUGAGACUCGACCAGCGCAGCUUAUAUCGUAUUCGCAGUUCUCUUAGUAUUUUUUUUAUUCCUUUUUAAGGAAUUUGUGCCUAACUACGAUGACAAUAAAAAUCGUAAUCGAAAUUCGGUGCCGAAUUUACAGGAACUUAAAAGGUAAUCUCAUCUGCGAAUAGCCCUUUUUAUCCCUUAUAAUUUGAAGUAAUAAUUCAUUACGUUUGCGGAAAUAUUGCUAAAUAAAGUAUAUUAUAUAAAUGUAUCAGAUUCUACGUCCGUUGUUUUGCAUUUAUUGCCUAUUGUAAUAAACGUUUUUAAGAGUACCUAUA